AGGCUGCUGUUGAGCGGGGCUGGGAUUAGCGCCGGGGCGAAUGGCUGGCAAUCUUACUGGGAUUACAGAACAAAGAGCCUCUCUCGGCAGCCCCCGGGAGCAGGGGGCCCCGGCCGGCCAGCCCGCCCCUCCCUGCCCAGCCAGGCCGGGAGGGAAUCACCCCCCCCGGGCCGCCCGCUUCCUCCGCGGCUCGCCGAUUAAUCCCGGGGCGGCAGGAGCCGGGCGGCGGGCGAGGCGGAGCCCUGCGGUGAAUAUGGCACUGACGGGGAAGCCCUCCAAUGGGUCCCCCAAUAACUCCAGACCUGACCAAUGGAAUACAGUUUUUCAUCAGAAAAAUGAAAUCAUCACCAGCUUAGUUUCUGCCUUAGAUUCAAUGUGUUCCGCACUUUCCAAACUAAACGCCGAGGUAGCCUGCAUUGCAGUUCACGAUGAAAGUACCUAUGUGGUUGGGACAGAGAAGGGGAGAAUCUUUAUGAACACAAGGAAAGAACUGCAAAUGGAUUUUCACAAGUUCUGCAGAGGUCAGCAGAGGAAAGAGCAGGAUGCAGACUUCCAGAAGAAGGCAAAGGACUGUGGCCGGAGCAUCCCGAGGGUCUCCCCGCAUCAAGGAUCAGACGUUUACCUACUCAGGAAGAUGGUAGAGGAAGUGUUUGAUGUGCUUUAUAGUGAAGCCAUAGGGAAGAACAGCGUGGUGCCCUUGCCCUAUGAGAAGCUGAUGAAAGAGCCAGGAUUGCUCGCAGUUGCCGGCUUGCCUGAGGGACUUGGCUUCCGGAAGCCCACGGAAUACGAUGUGAAAUCCCUGAUGGCGAUUUUGGAGCACAGCCACAGUAUCCGGUUCAGGCUAAAAAGGCCAGCAGACGAGCCCAGCAGAGAGGCGAACCCUAAUGUAGAGUUGAAUUGUACCUCUCUAGCAUCCAAGGGCAGCCGGGAUUCCGGUCCAAAUAACCAGAUCACUAAACCAGCCAGUCAAGACACUCCAUCCACUGUAGCCAUGACCAAUUUCUUAUACGGUGUCUCGCUGCCUACGCAGAUCGCCACGGACCUAAAGCAGGAGAUGUCUGCCAGUCUGCACGGGGUGAAUGCAGCCAGCGAGAUGCUGAUGCCCAGGCCCUCAGGAGAGCUGAAGGUGCCUUCCUCACAGGAGUACAGCGACUGCUGUGGACAGAAAUCUGCAGUCCCUGGUGGUCCGCUCAUCCAGAAUGUGCAUUCGUCAAAGCGUAUCCUCUUCUCCAUCGUCCAUGACAAAACAGAUAAAUGGGACAGUUUUAUAAAAGAAACUGAAGAUAUCAACACCCUUAGGGAGUGCGUGCAAAUUCUGUUUAACAGUAGAUAUGCUGAAGCUUUGGGUUUGGACCACAUGGUUCCCGUGCCAUACCGGAAGAUUGCCUGCGACCCAGAGGCAGUAGAAAUAAUUGGGAUCCCUGACAAAAUACCCUUCAAACGACCCUGUACCUAUGGUGUCCCCAAGCUCAAACGAAUCCUGGAGGAAAGGCACAACAUCCACUUUGUCAUUAAAAGGAUGUUUGAUGAGAGAAUUUUCACAGGAAGUAAAUUUACCAAAGAUCCUACCAAGCUGGAGCCCUCCAGCCCAUCGGGGGAAAUCUCUCCGGAACCACACAGAAUGGCAGUGCUAGACCUGGCAGGGACUUCUCAGGCUAAUAACAGGUCUGAGAAGAGUAGUGUUUCUGAAGACUGUGAACCAGGUACCUCAGCAGAACUGAGUGGGAUCAGACAUAUCAAAAUAGAGCCAGAUGAGCUGGACAUCAUUCAAAUCACCGUUCCAGACCGAUCCCCCGGUUCCGAUGAAAUGCAUGACCCAGUGACCAGCCGCAUGACUUCAGACGAUUCCAACUACAUGCUAGAAACAGUAACAGUUUCAGAUAAAGAGCCCAGCCAGGACUUAAGACACGAAGAAAAGCCGAUGGAAGAUGGCCUAGGUGACGUUUUAAGUCAUUUGAGGAAACAAGUUGAAACUUUGUUCAACACGCGAUACGCUAAAGCCAUAGGAAUUUCGGAGCCUGUCAAAGUCCCCUACGCCAAGUUCCUGAUGUACCCAGAAGACUUGUUUGUGGUGGGUUUGCCUGAAGGCAUCUUACUCCGGCGUCCUAACUGCUUUGGGAUUGCAAAGCUGAAAAAGAUACUGCAAGCUAGCAACAGCAUCCAGUUUGUCAUUAAGAGACCAGAGCUUCUUGCUGAGGGAGUGAAGGAGACUACCUCUGACAGCCCAGGAGCUAUGGCCAGCGAGAGAGACUCCAGUGACUCCCUUGUCGAUGACGCUGUGAAGAGACAGGGCUUUCAAGAAAAUUAUGACGCCAGGCUUUCGAGAAUAGAUAUUGCUAACACUCUAAGGGAGCAAGUCCAAGAUCUGUUCAACAAGAAAUAUGGCGAGGCCUUGGGAAUCAAGUACCCAGUGCAAGUGCCAUACAAACGGAUUAAAAGCAACCCAGGGUCCGUGAUUAUAGAGGGGCUCCCCCCUGGAAUUCCGUUCAGGAAACCGUGCACUUUUGGUUCUCAGAACCUGGAGAGAAUAUUAGCUGUGGCUGACAAAAUCAAGUUCACAGUAACAAGGCCUUUUCAAGGACUCAUCCCCAAACCUGCCCCUAGACGGAUAACAUCACUGGAAAAAGCUUACGCUGCUUUGAAUGAUGAGGACGAUGCAAACAGGCUUGGAGAAAAGGUGAUUCUCCGAGAGCAAGUGAAAGAGCUUUUCAAUGAAAAAUACGGAGAGGCUUUGGGAUUGAACCGGCCAGUCUUGGUGCCAUACAAAUUGAUCAGGGAUAGUCCUGAUGCUGUUGAAGUUACUGGUCUGCCAGAUGAUAUCCCUUUUAGAAACCCCAACACCUAUGACAUCCACCGGCUGGAGAAGAUCCUGAAAGCACGAGAGCACAUCCGGAUGGUGAUUAUAAACCAGCUCCAACCGUUUGCUGAAAUCUGCACUGAGGCCAAACAAACAGAAAAGGACAACAGUGUUCCCAAACGAAAGCGGAAGAGGAUCUCUGAAGGGAACUUGAUAUCAUCCUCAUCGUCCUCUUCCUCUUCUUCCUCUUCCAAUAUGGAGUCCACAUCGUCAACAAAUCAGAUCUCACUUGUGGUAAAGCCUUCUAAACGUCAACCAAGUUACUGCAUCUCUGUCUAGCUCAGGGUUCUUCCCCUACCACCCUUCAUCUCUUUCCUUCGCUGGCCCUAGAAAUGCUAUAAACCCCUAACUUAGAAUGACGACACCCAGUCUCGUAAAGAAGGGGAACGCUCGCUUUUGAUCCGCUGUCCCUCUGUUGCCUCUGGGAAGAGCUGGCUCAUCAGCAGAGCAGAGAGGCCACUCGGCAUCUCCCCUGCACCAGUUCAGCAUGCUCUGCAGGGCUGCCAUGGGCUGGCCUCUGCCAGUGUCCAUCAGUGAAGCCUUCUCCACGAUAUACCGAUGCUGCCGAGGGGAAGGUAGUGGUGGCCAGGGCAGGAAUGACUUGGUGUCCUGCCCUGAGAGGCGAACACACCACAGAGAGCAGCCAUUCCAAUGCCUGACCUGCCUCGCAACCGCAUGGAGCUUUCUUUUGGCAUUGUUGGUGACUCAAUCCUGCAAGGUGCAGAGCACUCUCAGCCCUUUCGGCUCCAAUAGACUUGAAGGCAGCACUUUCCAGGAUCUGCCUCUGGGAGGAGCAAGUUACAAUGUAGUCCCCUUUCUCCCUUGCACGCGCCCCACACCCUUCUGCUCCCGUCAGCACCAUGCAAGGAGCACUCGGUGGCAAGGGUUAUGUCACGGAGUGCAGGGUUCUCAGCCUGUGAAGAUACUUCACAUGUUCCAGACACACAUCUGAAAGAUCUAAAAAAGUCCCCAACUCAUAACCAGAUGCAUUAUUUCAUAAACCAGCCCUGUCAAACUCAGGGAAGCGCUGUUAAUGUGCUCCAGCUUUCCAUGUGCUUUGGCCAUUAUGUUGUAUGAUGGCUCUUUGUUUUGUUUUUUAUAUGUAUGAAAAGGUGAAUAUUUUGGGAGCGGUGUGAAGCUAAAAUUUCCUUGAAGUAGAAACUCAAAGAUGUAAAAACAAGAACAGACAUCAGUGGAGAUUCAUGGAUCUAUUCUAGCUAAGGAACUAGCCUUAGUUAUUUAUUAGCAAUUAUUAUUUCAAGCAUAAUUU